AUGCGACGCGUACGGCAACCGUGCGCGGGACCGCCGAAUGGGACCUGGAGAUCUGUUAAGAAUGACCAUGGAGACCUUUGGUACGCGAUUCUGGAGCACGUUAUCUACGAGGUGGAGGACGAUGAUGACAUCGUGCGCAAGGUGUUCUGCGUAUACUGGUGGUCUCGGCGCCAGCUGAUCGAAGCCAUCGAGGAUGGGGAGGUCAACAACCCUGAAGUACUCUUGUCUCAACUGGCUGACAUUGAGGAUGAUUGGUGGGUUCUGGCCGUCAAUCACGCCGACUACAUCUUGUCGCAGGAACAAGUCAUCACUGGCGUCACCCAGGAGGAGAUGCGUAGUGGAAGACUUGGAAGCUUCGAGCCUGACUACUUCCUGAUGAUCGAGGACGUGCCCGGCACAGACGUAGGUGAUCCCCAGCGCCCGCGCGAUUUUAACCUGCUGUCACGUUCGGAGCUCCGAGACUGGUUGUCUACAUAG